AAAAGUCAAAUUCUUGGAUGUCAAAAUGUAUACUUUGAUCACAUUUGAUUUUUCUAUAAAUACUUUAGUCCUAAAACAAGCAUAAUUCAUCACAUUCCCAUAUGUUUUUAUAUUUUCCAAUUUUAUCGCAAGCGAAGUACUUGCUUUUCUAGAGUUUAAUUUGUCAUGACGCUGGAGGAUCCCUUUUUUGUUGUUAAAGAUGAGGUCUUCAAAGCAUUAAAUAAAACACGAGGAUUAUAUCUUAGAUGGACUGAGUUACAAGAAGAUAGUGUUUGCAUUACAAAAGAUGAAAUAGAAUGGACCAAUACAGAACUUAAAAAUUCUUUGAGAAGCAUUGAAUGGGAUUUAGAAGAUUUAGAAGAUACAAUUGAUAUUGUAGAAAAAAAUCCUUCUAAAUUUAAAAUAGACAACAAAGAACUAACGACAAGGAAACAUUUUAUUGAUUCAACUAAAAACGAAGUAAAGUCUAUAAAAGAAAGAAUCAACAUGAAUCGGAGUAGAGAUAAGGACCGUACUGCAAGACAGCCUUUGUUGGAUAGUAGUCCUGUUCGAGUUGCAAAUUCUCAUGCUACAACAAAAUAUUCCAAAUUGGAGAACGAUUUAGAUAGUCCUCAGAGACAAUUUUUGAGUGAUACCCUUAACCAACAACAAUAUUUAACGAGACAACAAGAAGAACAUUUGGAAGCUAUCAGUGAUUCUUUAGGUUCUUUGAAAACAGUUUCCAGACACAUCGGGGUUGAAUUAGAUGAACAAGCGGGAAUGUUGGAUGAAUUUGGAACAGAAUUAGAAAAUACUGAUUCCAAAUUGGAUUCUACAAUGAAAAAGGUUGCCAAAGUUCUACGACUUUCUGAUGAUCGGAGGCAGUGGACCGUUAUAAUAAUUUUAGUUGUAAUUCUUGUGAUUGUGAUAUUUUUAUUUUUUGUACUGUGAUUGUCUUGAGUUUUUUUCUGUCAGAUUUUAGGUAUUUUUGUUUUAAUGUUCACAUUUCAGAGCUGUUUUUGAAAUAUGAAAUAAAAAUUUAUUCAAUAAUUAAAAAAAAUAUCGUUUGACUAUAGAAGUAUUUGUAUUGAAAUUUCUGCUUAAUGCACUAUAAAUUUAUACAAAAUAAAAAUUCAGUAAUUACUGAAUACACUCUGUAUAGUUAUUUUAACGAGAUUAAAAUAUUUUAAAUGCAAAUUUUGAGAAUACAGAAUCAUUAAACUGUAUUUUUAAAUAAUAUUCUUGAAUGUAAGAGGCGUUUAUAAAUUCAAAUUGGAAAAAAUAUGAAGAUGUUUCGUUUUAUGAGAUUUCAUCUUCAAGAAUUUGAAGAACUAACAGUUUUUGAACACAUAGUCAAUUCAAAUUUACAACAAUGAAUCUCCAUAUUUUUUCAAACAAAUUUAUAAACACCUUGUAGAAGGAUACGUUCUAUAAGCUAUUCCAUUUUUUUAUAUUUUCAAAUAUUUUUUAUAAAUUGCAAAGUAUGAGGAUCUUCUUACCAAAACAGUAAAAAAAACAAAACAAUAUUUUAAUAUACGUCUUCCAAACUGACAUACAAUUUAGUAACUAAUCAGCCAUUAAUUUUAACGUAACUAGAACCAAAUUGGAAUUCUUGGAAUUAUCAACAAUAACAUUGUCUGGUCCUUCGAGCCGGUUAGGAACUAACAAUAUUUGGAAGAAUCGAAGGAUAAGACAGUGUAAUUUGGAGCAUUGAACACUUAGAUAUGAGAUUUGUCGUGCACUGUGACCUGUAAGGUCUUUUGUGCCCAUUUUCUAGUGCUACAUGGGCAUAUAUGCUAUAGAAUUUUUAGUUUGUUAGCAUUAGAAGAACAUUAUUUUAUUCAUCUACUCAGUUUGGGCCUCUAAACAUCCCAUGAUCCAUUUUGACUUGAUUAUUUGUGAGUUUUUAAAGCUGUUUCACUUUCCCAAAGUAUUACUAUAGCUCCUUUCUGGUAGUUCCUGUUCAAAUUGAACUAUGUACACCUUUCAAUGGCUCGAACUUCAAUUUUAAAGGUGCUAGGAUGGGUUCCUAUUGAUUUUGUGCCCCUUUUCUAAAGGCAGAUGGGCAUAUAUUCUACAGUUUUUUUGCUAACUCGUUCCUAUAUGUGUUAGCAUUAGGAGAACUUUCUUUUAUUCAUCUAGUUCAGUUAAUGCUUCUUUCUACGACAAUGUGCAGAGGAGUUUGGUCUAGAAUGACUUCCAGUGCCGAUGUUAGACAAGUCUUCAUGACUCUAUAAAUCAGGUACGUACCAAUUUCUGAAUCUUGCUCAGGUAUCGACUGCUGCUUCAGUUUUCUCUGCUCACAAUCAUGUUGUACAUCUUUAGAAGUAUUGGGAGCUACAUCUCCACCUUUUGCCUUCUCUUGCGCUUCAUGAUGACCAUUAUAGCUUUCUUAAAAGUAUCCUCUUGAUGUUCUCCUUCCAUAACAGCCAGGGUGAUUCCCAGAUACUUUAAUUCCUGUUUUGGAAUAAUUUGUUUUCUCCUAGGUAUAUUUUUCUCAUAUAUUUAGCUUCCUUUUUCGUGUGAAUGGAACCAAUGUGGUUCUAUCCGAGUUUAGCCACAAUUACACCAUUACUGAAAAGUUGGUUCAGUAUAACCAGAACUGGUACUUUUUCCACAUUAAAACCUCAAGAUUUUUUCUUAAGUAUCGAGAUCGUGAUCAGUUUCACUGAAAUAUUAUAGUUACAAAGCAAUAAAAUUAUAUUGACUGCGCGCCAUAAACUCGUUUCAAUAUAAUAAAUCAUGUGGCACUAGAACUAAGCUAGACUAAAUCUUCUAAUGGUUUUCUUGGUUGAGUUUUAAUUUAUUUUUUCAUUGUAAUACGUGGAUACAUUUUCAUAAGAGGAGAAACAACAAUUAUCCUGGCUUAUGGUAGGCUUCGUAGAAAUUCGGUUCGACUGUAUUUCAUUAUCCUGAAACUAAGGCUCGACACAUUUGAACGCGGAAUAUCAAAGGAUUUGUAAGGAAAUCCUCAAUACGGUUGUUUUUGUGAGAAAAUCCUCAAAAGUCUCCUAUUUAUUUUUGGUUUUGGAACCAUAGGGGAGCGAAUGAUUAUUUUAUUAUAUAUUUUCAUCCACCAAUCUCGAAAUUAUUUAUAAUAUAUUUAUGUAAACUUACUUUGUUCACGUGAAAUUACUAUCAUCAUUUCAAUUACGGCACAUAUAUACAUGGUGAUUCAGAAAAAACAAACAGUUCGCUAAUUUGAUGUUCUAUUAGAGCUGCCCUUUCAGUUCCGAACUCUAAUAAACUCUGAAUUGGAAAUAUUGGAUUACUUUUUAUCUAGUUGUACUGGAUUUUCUUCCAAUACACUGAAUUUACAUUCAUUAAAGUUAAUUUGAUCGGUUAAUACCUGAAAAGGCAGAAAGCACCUAGUAAGGAGAUUCAUACUUUUUGAAUCAGUUGUAUUUAUGUUCUGCAGAAAAUUUUUGGAGUGAUUUAGCCCCGAAAAGCUUGUUUUUCUUUUAAAUCUCUUAUGGAGCAUUUUUCUACAACCAGAAAGUCUCCAGGUGAGUUAAAGGUGUCACCUUUUUUCUGGUAUAUUGGUCUCUAUUUUCUUCGAUUUUUAUCUGAUCUUGCACCCAGAUCAAGGAACUUCUAUUAUUCUUGUUUAUUUCAAGUAUACAAGUAUACAUUUUCUAUGAUUUUAGUUUUUUAUCAUAAUUUGCACUCCCUUACAUUACAUACUUUCUCUCUUUCUAUUUUCUUUUUCUUCUCUUUGUUUUCUUAACUUUUUUGUUUAUGACGAAAUUAUUGCUGUUAUGGAUUGUAUGCUUAGCUCUAACUGAACACGUCCCGUUCUCAACUCUCAAAUGUUGCUUUUUAACAGUUUUCUUCUUCCUUAAGUCAUCAGUUACCAAAUUUCACAACAAACUGUUUAGGUUAUUUGGAGAUGUACACAGCAGUGUUUGUUUAUCUUCAAGAAACCUCAGUUAUUGCUGUUACGGAUGGCAUUCUCAGCUGAGAUGUACACAACAGUGACAUUUGGGUUUUGAAAAUCAUGUCUUUUGUUGGUUCAUCUUAUAUAUCUCGAAUUAAACUAAUUCAAUUUACAACAGAGUACAAGUCAGUAAAAGCCUUUUUUCGUAUUUUUCUUUGAAUUGUUACUAUAAAAUAUAUAGUUCUACAAUUGUCGUAAUUGAAAUAAUUGAUUUGAACCUGAAAAUAUUGAAAUAUAUUUUUUUGUAUACUCCAAACAUUCAUGUUAGAAAACACCCUUUACAACAUCAUGUCAUGAUAGUUUUUUUUAAAUUGUUAUUGUUUCUUCUUUUUUGGAACAUAUACACAUCUUUAUAUCCUCUUGUCUUUGAAUUGAGCUUAUUUCGCCCUCUUAGUCAUUUCUUGGCUUAAAACUUUCCAGAUACUGCUUUUAUUUGUCUAUUUAAGUUCACACAUAAUAUUUUCCUUGGUAUACUGUUUUCUAUCAUUUGCUCUAUGUGAUUUUGAGUUCCCCUUUUUUUAAAGCCUUAUUUGUUGUUUUAGUUUUAGUUCUUAUAUGCAGGUAUUCAAUUUGAAAUUCGUUUAUUAGUAUUUCCGUUGUUAUUUCAUCAUAUUCUUCUACUUUAUCUCUUUUUAUCACUUCUUCCAUUGAGAAGGGUAAAAUAAUUACCAGUUUUUAAAUUAAAGUAUUACUAAAUCAUUAUUGUUUGGUCUAUCAAAAAAUCCAUAGGUUUAUACCCGGCUCGAAGGACCAGACAAUGUAAUUAUGAGUUUUAUCAAAUGAAAUGUCGGUUUGGGUGAAAAUUUUUCAAAUUAUUUCACUUUCUUUAAGUUAGUUGUCAUUUUCUAAAAGCAAUGUUUCUCUUUUUCUGUAAAAGAAUUAUAAUAGUUGACAUCACGUUUAAAGGGUGGUUUAUGUUGUUAGAAUAUUGGAUAAUAGGACUGAAUAUAUAUCUGAUUAGUGUUAGAAAUAGUAUUUAUUUAAAAAUUUUAGUUCUAUAUAGACUGGUAGGAGAUUUGAAAUUAGAUAUUUAUUAAAAUGAUUUUUUUAGCCCCCAUAUAAAUUGUUUUAGAAAUAUUGCUGUUUCUAUUUGUUUAGAUAUUUUAAAGAAUUUUUAAUUCUCACUAUUCGCUAUAAAACGAAAAAUAGUGGUGAUAUGCACAACCUUUUUUUUCCGAUGUAGAUGGUCUUAAGGGAUGAUACUUAUUACCAAUUUCACUCUAAUUGGUACCAAAACUAAAAAUUUAAAACAACCCAUACCAUGGACCAUAAGGGUUGUUUUGGUAUGCACUGUUUCUUGUUCAUCAUAUUUAAGGCAUAUUUGAAAUCAUAUAAACCGAUACCCGGCAUUAUUUUGGCAAUUUCUUCCUGGAUGUUGUUCUUUAAACCAUGAAAAUCUUUUGCACUGUGGAAAAAAUCACAAAAGAAGUAGAGUCUUGAAAAAUCUUUUGCGGUGUGUGCCUUUGUUGGAACCAUAUGUCCUCUAGGUUAUUCCUAGAUGUUGUUCUUUAAACCUUGAAUAUCAUUUGGACGGACUAUAGAAAAAAUUACAAGGAAACAAAUCCGGCACUGUAAAUCACCCCUGAUUGAGAUGAGGCGUUCCAGAAAGUAGUUUCUUGAAACAACUCUUGCGGAAUCAAAUGCCCUCUAGGUAAUUCCUGGAUGUUGUUCUUUAAACCUUGCAGAUCUUUUGGACUUUAGAAAAAAUUGAAAAGGAACAAAUCUGGCAUUGCAAAUCGCCCCUAAUUGAGAUAGGCGUUCUAGGAAGUGGUACCUCUUGUUGUGUAUGCCAUUAUUGGUACACAAACACUGCGAUUUUAUAUUCUUAACGAAGCAAAAGCCAUUAAUUGCACCUGAGGAAAUUGUACGUCAUACUGUGACUUUAGGUGUAUGCAAAUGCAUUCCAAACAAUUCUUGAGGAUUGGUAUCAACACAAUUUGGUUUAUUCAUGGAACCACACCAAUGAGCUUCAUCAUUAAACCGAUAGCGUCCUCGGGAAGGACCUUACAGACCUUCUUUCGAGAAUUGUAGUCACGUUUUGACAGUUCUUGUGAAAUCGACAUCUUGUAUGGAACGAAAUUUUGAUUUGUCUUGGUUUACCUAAAUGUAGUGAUCCAUAUAACAAUUUAGUUCCGGUCCGGAAUAAGGCUGAAAUAGUACGAUUCCGAAAUGCGUGUCGAUCUCAGCGACAUACGCACCCAAUUCACUCUUCUAAUGUAUGAUGGCGACUAAACUGUGCUUGCAUUGCGCCUCCGAAUGGCGCGCAUUAAAAAAACAAAGUUAUGCUACUGAACCCUGUAUUAUUUAAAUUUUUACUCACAAUAACGUCAAUAACUGUUUGAAAUGAUAAAAUACAUUCGUAUUACACAAUAGGAAAGAAGAAACUGUUUCGUAUAUCGUCUAUUUCGGGGAAUCCCACGAUUAAAAUAAACGAGUGUUGUUAAUGGGUGCUUUACAUAAAACAAACGAGAUAUAAAAUACUGUUUAUCUCCCCCUUAUUGCCAUCUAUUCCCCAAUUAUAUUUUCAAUUUUUUUAUUGAAAAAUGACUAAGGACAUUUUAUUCUUGUUGAAACUGUAGCCUCCUUUAUUGUAAUUGUAAUAUUAUAGAUGAUGUUGACCUAUUUAUAUGAACAAUGGCAUAUAAAA